CUGCGGCUCCUGCCCUCGGGCGCUGACCGCCGCGGACAGGCUAGUGUCGCCCGGCCAAGCUGCCCUGCACCAGAGGGCGAGGGGGACCGUGGGGAGGGCGGGAGGCGGCAGCUCACCCGGGCCACCCGUGCGCUCUCCUGGAAACCGACUCGGGAGCCGCGCUGGGAUUAAUAGGUAACCUUGGAGUCCUCGGGAGAGGCACGGUCAGCGCCCCUGGGCCUGCGCACUGCACGACUCUAGCUUCUGUCCCCUCAGUUCUUCCUCUUGCACCCUCCUCACCGUCCCACCAGCAAUGGGCGGUUUCCCCUUCAGCCCAGGGUCCGCCUAACUUGCCCCCCAAACCCGUGCUGUCCGCGAACGCUGGGCGCCACAGCGAGGAGAGGCUGACACCCAGCGGCCAGGGGACGCAACUGUCCCUGGCCGCCGCGGGAGAGUGAGGGUCACCCGGGGAGCGGGGGCUAAGCCGUAGGCUUCCCAGCCCCGGCCUGCAGGGAGCCGGGGGAGGGCUGGGGGAGCUGCACGAGGACUGUGACAAGCCUCUUGGCCUCAGGAGCCCCGGGGCGGGCCGGGAGGAGAGUGGCGAUGGGUGACUCAACAGUUCCUAAGCAUCACUCGUGCAGAGCGCCGGAGAGGCAGAACAGCCCGAGGAAGCAGCCUAGAGGGCGGACAGACCGACGGCAGGGAGGGCCAGCAUGUCCCUGCUGCUACACCCCGCCCCGCCGCUGCUGCUGGGAGCCACGCUAACCUUCCGAGCGCUCCGGCGCGCGCUCUGUCGCCUGCCCCUGCCCGCUCACGUGCGUGCAGACCCCCUGCGCACCUGGCGCUGGCACAACCUGCUGGUCUCCUUCGCCCACUCUAUUGUAUCGGGGAUCUGGGCGCUGCUGUGUGUAUGGCAGACUCCCGAGAUGCUGGUGGAAAUCGAGACAGCAUGGUCGCUCUCUGGCUAUCUGCUGGUCUGCUUCUCAGCAGGGUAUUUCAUCCAUGACACAGUGGACAUCGUGGUUAGUGGUCAGACCAGAGCUUCUUGGGAAUACCUCGUCCAUCAUGUCAUGGCCAUGGGCGCCUUCUUCUCGGGUAUCUUCUGGAGCAGCUUCGUUGGCGGGGGGGUCUUAACACUGCUGGUGGAGGUCAGCAACAUCUUCCUCACCAUCCGCAUGAUGAUGAAGAUCAGCAACGCACAGGACCACCCUCUCUACCGGGUCAACAAGUAUGUCAACUUGGUCAUGUACUUCCUCUUCCGCCUGGCCCCUCAGGCCUACCUCACCAGUUUCUUUCUACGCUAUGUUGGCCAGAGGACCCUGGGCACCUUCCUGUUGAGCAUCCUGCUCAUGCUGGAUGUGAUGAUCCUCAUUUACUUCUCACGCCUCCUGCGCUCAGACUUUUGCCCUGAGCAUGCGCCCACACGGCGCCAAAAAGACAAGUUCUUGACUGAAUGACAAAGAGCCUAGGACUUGUGGCAAGGGGCAGCAACAGCCUAGAACGGAACUCAGCCCCACGUCUGGGUGUCCUGGCCACCUUGAGCCUGCACCCACACGAUUGAAAACACUGAUGAAAGCAC